AAUCAAUUAAUCGCAGUACUAUCUGCUGGACUGAAGUCGCCAGGGGUACACCCCCCGAAGACCCUAGAAAUACACAUCGCAAACUCAUGCCCACUCACACAGCCUGAGCGAUUUGUAUAGGUGAGGAAAAUCGUCGCACCUUAUAUAAAUUCAAAUCGACCGGCGCCUCAGCGGACAGUUCCUAUUAGUUGGUCACCGAGGUUGGACUCAACUGUGGAAUUGCCAAGACUUCUCGUUGGGAAAUACUUUUGCAAGCCGGAAAACUUGCGGAUAAUUAAAGCAAACCUAAGAAAGAAUCCCCAGAAAGCUAGCUUGCCGACUUAGCGUGUUAUUAAAGAAUUGCCUGUUGAUUAAUCAAUAGCUCAUAACAAGGUACUUAGGAAACUAAAGAUACUUAUUACGAAAUACCUCUAACCGAACCAAAGAAGAACGUAUUAAGAUCUAACAAAAUGAAGAAGUUCUCGAUCGGCUUGCUGAUCUUCAUCGGAGCUAUGUUGGCCGCUUCAGAGGCUGGCAUCUCAUCACCCAUCAUAGGGGUUCUCACACAGGAAGUUUACGUCGAUGGGUUGAUCUCGAGACACUUUGAUAACAAGACCAGCUAUAUAGCCGCCUCGUAUGUGAAGUAUCUCGAAGGAGCUGGAGCCCGAGUUGUGCCGAUUUGGAUCGGUCGCAAUCGCAGCUACUACGACGAUCUCAUGCGCAAGAUAAAUGGAGUCUUGUUGCCCGGUGGAGCCACUUGGUUUAAUCAGAGCAAUGGGUAUGCGGAUGCGGGCGAACACCUCAUCCACUUGGCCAUUGAACUAAACGAUCAGGGCGUCUUUAUGCCGGUGUGGGGCACUUGUCUGGGCAUGGAACUAUUGGUUUACAAGCUGGCCAACGAAACGGAACACCGCAUUAAUUGCGAAGCGACCGGUAUGGCCGUGCCAAUGGAUUUUAAAGAAGACUAUAAGAAGAGCCGCCUGUUUGCAUCCAUCAGCGAUGAUGUGGUGGACACCAUGGUCAAGGAGAAUGUGACCUAUCACUGGCAUCAGUUCUGCUAUACGGAAAAAGACUUCGAGCGGGAUCUACUAAACGAAACUUGGCGGGUUAUGUCCCUAAAUCAUGACUGGAACGGCGUUGAGUUCAUUUCCACCGUAGAGCACAUAAAGUACCCCUUCUAUGGAGUACAAUUCCAUCCGGAGAAGCCGCUGUACGAGUUUACAAAGACGAGCAUUCCUCAUACCGCAGCUGCUGUGUUAAGUGGUCAAUUCUUCGCCGAUUUCUUUGUGAGUGAGGCGAGGAAAAGUAAUCAGAGCUUUUCGAAUGCCACGGAGCAGGCCAGGACGCUCAUCUACAACUAUAAGCCGGAGUAUACUUCGAUCCUGGGCUCCUCGUACAUACAGCAAUACCUAUUUACCAAUGUUGAAAUGGAAAUACCCGAGAUUCCGGAGAUCCCCGAUGAGGGAGGUAAUAACGAUGGGGGUAGUAGCGGCGGCUAUAUUCCCAUUAUUAUACCAGGCGGUGACGGUUCUACCACUAUGCCUUUCUUCAGUGGAUUGCUCCUGACUCUGGUUCUCUUAUCAAUUAAUUAAUUGGCUGCUUUGCUCACCAAAGUUGUGGCCAGGACUUUGAACUUUCCGUGGACUUUCAUAUUGUCAGUUCAUUUACGCACACGAUAUUUACGGGAUUAUUUCUUGAUCGAUUUUAUAACUUUAUCUUCAAGAUAUCUAUGUGAUUUCUGGUCAAAAUACUUACUAUUAGCGUAAUAUCUGAAGAUAUUGUACUUGUUGUCAUGGGUGACUCAAUUGGUAAUUUAUUGUUUUUUGGAUACAGUUGGCAUGAAGAGAUUAUAUGCCAAGGGAUUACCUCGACUAUCAGAUACUAAUUACUAAGCACAUUAACUAAUUGCUCAUGGCUAUUUAAUUAAUAAAAUGUAGAUGGAUAAUGAUAAGCAAAACAAAAUUCUAUUUAUAAGCGUUAAAUCUUCUUGCCAAAUCAAGAGACUAAUUUAAUAGUUUAAGAAGCAAGCAUUACUGGCGAACAAAUUUAUAUCUCUUACUCGUAUGCUAAGAGGGAAUACUAGAUUCGUCGAUUCAAGCCUAUUAAGUACAUAUUAUAUGUUAAUAUAUAUUAUGUUGCUUUAUGUUAUCUUACUGGUUGAAAUCAUAGUUUCAUCCUUACAUACAAUACUCUGCAAAUCUGACUUUUACAUGAAUGUGGCUUGAUUUAUGUGAAACAAACUAUAAAAAUGCUUAUAAAUUGUACAUGCUAAGUUAUUUUAAGAAGCAUUCUAGUAAUAAAAACAAUAUCAUAUCAAUAACGUUGAUUAAAAUUCAACGAAAUUAAAA